AUGAAAGUUUUCACAUUGCUUUCCGCUCUGAAGACAUCUUCUACACUUCCAUCUUCCUCUAUCUCCAACAUCGUCGUUCUCCACCACUCAGGAAAAGCGGUCUACAAGCUUUACGACGACUCUCAAGCAAUCGCGAAUGUGGAGAAGAACGUGUGUGACACUAUUGCGGCCCUCACUGUAGGACCCGAUACCACGGCGUCCAUCACUACAGGACUCGAUACUGCAGCGCCCACCACUGCAGGACAGGUCACUGAGGUGCCCAUCGCUACAGGACUCGACACUGUAGCGCCCACCACCGCAGGGCCCGAGACUACAACGCACAGCAUCGAAGCGCCGCGACCCGCCACAGGCUUCUUCGAUCUCCCGCUCGAACUACGACAGAUGAUAUACGACGAUAUUCUCCCUACAGACCGAACCAUCAACUAUCCGCUGUGUCGGACAGAGGAGAAAACCACCAUGGCUGUUUGCGCAGCGCACGAGGACCUGCGCGAGGAAAUGGAAACCUGGAUGUACAAGAAGUGCGAGGCAUCACUGGCAAUCACGCCUGACGUGAGAAGAAGCCCAGAAGAAUUGCCCAAGAAGGUGGAGUGGAACCGGUUCCAGCGCACCGAUGUCCGCAUCAACUACUGCCAGCACGGUGGACAACAGGUGGACGGGGAAUUCGACGGCGGGAUGCGACAGGCCGUCGGCUCGCUGCGGGAGGGGUUUCCCAACAUGCCCGUGCUGCCACCUCUCACUAUUUGCUUUCAGGAAACCCAGAGCGCCCUUGGUGAUCCGGAGUGGACUGAAGAGAUUCCUGAAGGGAAGGUGGCUCGCUAUCACAACGGGAUGAUUGAUCCGUCCGACACCGAUGAGGAGGACUACGAAGAACCUGGGAAUCGCUGGGAAGACUUCGAUGACGAAGACUCAGAUUCAGAAUCAGACGUCGGGUCAGUAGACUUCUUCGAAGGCCAGUACACCGAGACCUGGCUCCGCACGCCCGAUUUCCGCAGUCCGCCAAUCGUGGCAGACAUCCUCAACUGGUUCCUCUACCUGCCGCGAUGCAAAUCCGCCUUUGUGCAUCCCCUGUCCCACCUACACCCGGACUACGACAUGAAGCAAGAGCGCUAUGACCCCGAAGCGCGGGUCUUUGGUGAUCGCUAUAUGCGGGAUCUGAGUCGUGCGUUGGAGUUGUGGUUGGAGGGUACGAGGCCGGAUGAAGAAGUCGAUUGGAGAGGGAACGACUUUCAUAACAGGUAUCGCGUGGAGAAGUUGGCCUACAAUUAUUAUAGGUCGGCCGGGCGGGACGAUGCUAGCACUGAGGUGGAAGAGGGAGCGCUUGCGGAUGAGGUUUAG